UCUGUGGUCUCCGCGUCUUCAGAACCCGACACAAUCAAAAUGUCCACAAAUAUUGAGUCCAACUCUUUGUCCAAACGAAGACAUAUUAUUGCCAUUCAAUCCAAAGUCAUCGGAAAGAAGAAGACUUUAAUCAGACUAUUAGAAAAUGGAGGCACUGUUGAGGAAGAGGUCAUUGAUAAUUACAACUGUUGUAUUAGUGAUGAAGACUUAUUACGUUUGGUAAAUAUUGGACUUCAGAUUCAUAAACAUUAUGGAAACGCAAGAGAUAUAGAAUGGGGUCUAAAAGGGGGCCAAAUAUUUAUGCUUCAGUCGAGACCCGUAACUAAUUUAGACAAUUCUUACACCGAUUACGAGAUUAUGCAUGAAUUGGAUUCUUCACAUCCAUCUGAGUUUGAGAUUUACUCCCGGGCUCAUUGGGGCGAAACAUUUCCCGGAGCCUCGUCUUGGAUCUGUAUGCAGUGGUUUUGGGCCAAUAAACCUUAUUUCUUCCGUCAGGAUAUACUAAACGGUACGGCGACUGAUGAGGAUUACAAUCCGUUCGCUGAAGUAAUGGGCAUUCAAUACAAUCAAGUGAUGUUUGAUCUACAGGGUGGUAUAUUUAAAAUGUUUGCGGGUUAUCCGGACUCAAAACGUGCAGAGACUGCGGUAUUAGCAAAGUUUGGACAUCACAUCGACGACAAAGAUGUCCUCCAAUUGUUUCGGAGGCAGGGAUUGGAGGCCAAAAAGCCAUCCCUUAUGGGAUACGUCCGGUUGUUUCGCUUUGUUAUUCAUUCCCUACUCUUUGGACCGAAAAACUUGAUUAAAACAAAAGAGGAGAUAAUCGAGAAGAAUGGAUACGAUUUGGUCGACAUUUUGAAACAAGAAUCUAAUAAUAAUAAUAACGACGUUGAGGAUGAUUAUAAUCUAAUGGUAUCGUCGGCUACGGAUGUAAUCAGCGCUGAAGUGCCAAAAAUAUUGGCUGAAAUCGCAAAGUCUAUUAGAGAUAAGCAAUGGUUCAGUCAAUUGAGUGAUGAGGAAGCGCUUCAAGUGCUACAAACUGGAACCGAUGAGUCUUCACAAAAGUUUAGAUACUUUAUUGAAAGACACGGACACAGAGGGUAUCGGGAAUUGGAUCCCAUGUAUAAGCCAUGGAAAGGCAAUCCAAUGCCUUGUAUUAAGAUUAUAAAAACAUUAUUAUUAUCGGGAAAUGAAUCACAAUUUGGGGCAAAAAGUGAAAAAUCUGUCGACAAAGUUAUCAACGAAUUAAAGACACCGUUGAGUCCUUUAAAAAAGUUACUAAUUAAAUAUUUAUUGCUUCCGUGGACUCGAAGAGGGAUUGGAUAUCGAGAGUUAUCCAAAUAUUUGGCUCAAGAAAUGACUAAAGAAGGACUCAUACCAUCGGUGGACACAUUUUUCUACUUGACUAUCACUGAAGUGGAAGCGCUAUGUAAUGGACAAAGAGAUCCAUUGAUAUUCUCGAGAGUAAGACAACGGCGAAGACUUUACCCUCGAAUGGAUAAAUACAAGUUCGAAGAGUUUAUUAAAGGACCCGAAAUGAAACCCAGAAAUAACUGUGAAGACCAGCACUUCAUCACUGAUGAGUACAUCUCAUCCAAUCCUAAUUCAUUUGUCCGGCGGCUGACAUCUCUUCCGAGUCCUCCGAAGCGCCCGAAGAUCUGA